AACUGGCCAAAUCACCAUCUCCAACUGGCCAAAUCACCAUCUCCAUCUGGCCAAAUCACCAUCUCCAUCUGGCCAAAUCACCAUCUCCAACUGGCCAAAUCUCCAUCUCCAACUGGCCAAAUCACCAUCUCCAUCUGGCCAAAUCACCAUCUCCAACUGGCCAAAUCUCCAUCUCCAACAUACCAAAUCACCAUCUCCAACUGGCCAAAUCACCAUCUCCAACUGGCCAAAUCACCAUCUCCAUCUGGCCAAAUCACCAUCUCCAUCUGGCCAAAUCACCAUCUCCAUCUGGCCAAAUCACCAUCUCCAUCUGGCCAAAUCACCAUCUCCAACUGGCCAAAUCACCAUCUCCAACUGGCCAAAUCACCAUCUCCAACUGGCCAAAUCUCCAUCUCCAACUGGCCAAAUCUCCAUCUCCAACUGGCCAAAAUCCCUGACACAAAUCUCAAUGGUCUAUAUGUCAGACAGAGGGGCGUCUAAAGAACAUGCCCAGGCUUAACAACACUGGGGUGCCGUUUGAGACUCAGACAUGGUAUUUUAAAACACUCGCAAACACAGUGGUGAUGUCACUCAUGUGGGCUGAUUCAACCAGUAGCCUCAUUUGUCCUACUUCAGGCAGAGGCACCCACCACACCAUAACUUGUUAGAUAAAACCCAGAUGGACUAGCCAUCUAAGUUUCCCCCUAGAUUUGUAAUUAUGCAGCCAGCAAACGUUCCAAGGAGAAACCUCUUGCCCACUGACUGCAGACUGACAUCUAAGGAACCACCAUCGUGGAAGAGGAGCUUUACUGGUUUAUCUAUUCCACAGCCAAACUAGAUGGACCAGUGUGAUAUCUAUUCUUCACCAAACUAGAUCAACCAGUGUGAUAUCUAUUCUUCACCAAACUAGAUCAACCAGUGUGAUAUCUAUUCCACAGCCAAACUAGAUCAACCAGUGUGAUAUCUAUUCUUCACCAAACUAGAUCAACCAGUGUGAUAUCUAUUCUUCACCAAACUAGAUCAACCAGUGUGAUAUCUAUUCUUCACCAAACUAGAACUAUUUUCAUUCCAGAUGUAAUGAGCACAGUAAUGAAAAUCAGGGAACGGAGGAACUAGUUUGAAGUCGGUUCGUUUGAAUGAUCAUGAAAAAUGUUGAUUAUUGAUAUGAAUAGCAGCAAUAAAACUGUCAAAUGAGCUUAUGUGUCCUAAAUACUAGUAACGUAGCCUUCCUCUGUGUGCAAAGAACUCAGGAUCUAACAGGAAAAUGUGAGUCUCAUCCUGAUCCAAUCAAAAUUCCCAGACUCUACCAGGGCCAGGGGGGUGAUCCCUCCAUCAUCCCCUUCCUCCAUCCCUCCUCCUUCCCCUCCUCCGUUCCUCCUUCACGCGUCACCGUGUCGUUAGACAGGACCGUUAUAAAUGGCUCUGCACACACUUCUGAAGCACGCCAAAGGGAUUUACACAGCUUCAGCAAGACACAAAGGAGGGACGAUUCUACGAAGUGAAAACUACCUUUCGCUGAAUCAGGAUGUCUAAGGUUGCAGGGAGAACCCUUUUAAUUUUCUACAUUUCAACACAGAUUUGCUCCCAGAUCUGGGCGCAGGUGUGUCCGGCAAGGUGCCUCUGUUCGCAGGAGCCUCCGAUGUGCGCCCCCGCGGUCCCGCUGAUUCUGGAUGACUGCGCAUGCUGUCUGGUCUGUGCGAGGCAGAAAGGAGAGACGUGCUCGGAAAUAAAUCCCUGUGAUACACACAGGGGUCUGAACUGCGACUACACGGCCGAUGUACACCAGAGGACAGGUGUCUGUGUCGCUCAUGAGGGAGACAUCUGCCUGUUGGACGGUUCAGUGUACCAGAACGGGGAGACCUUCUUCCCCAGCUGCAAGUACCAGUGCACCUGCAGAGACGGCCAGAUCGCCUGCGUGCCACGCUGCAACCUGGACGUGAUGCUGCCGGGCCCUGACUGCCCUCUACCCAGGAAGGUGGCGGUGCCAGGGGAGUGCUGUGAGAAGUGGGUCUGUGAGCCCCAACCAGAGACCAGUGCCCUGGGCAGCUUCGCCAUGGCUGCCUACAGACAGGAGGAGACAGUGGGGUUUGACUCGUGGGACCCCAGUACUAACUGCAUAGAGCAGACUACGGAGUGGGGCGCCUGCUCUCGGACCUGUGGCAUGGGCAUCUCCACCCGGGUCACCAACAAGAACCACCGCUGUGAGAUGGUCAAGCAGACACGUCUGUGCAUCGUCAGGCCCUGCGACAAACAGCAGAAGGAUGUUCCUACGAGAGGAAGCAAGUGCCUGAGGAUGAAGAAGGCGGUGAAACCCAUCCGGUUCAGCUAUAAGAACUGCACCAGCGUCCUGACCUACAAGGCCCGGUACUGUGGUGUGUGUACGGACGGGCGCUGCUGCACCCCCCACAGCACCGAGACGGUGCAGGUGGAGUUCCAGUGUGCUCAGGGUAGAGCCGUGAAGAAACCCGUGAUGUUCAUCAACACCUGCGCCUGUCACUACCACUGUCCCAGAGACAACGCCGUGUAUCAACCAUCAGACCUGGUCUACAGCGGUUACACGUUAUAACACUGUUACCACAGACACAACUAACGUUUCUUCUAGUCAUCUGGGACAGUAGUAUUGUACUGUACUGUAGUCGGGCGACUCUAUAUGUUCAUGACUCUAAAUGUACUUGACAACAUAUCCCUGACGGUGUAUGGUUGGUCUCAGGAGGGAGAAUCUCAAUUGCAUACUCCUUGCGUCCUCACUCCUCUCUCCUCGUGUUCUCUCUCCUCUCUCCUCACGCCCUCUCUCCUCGCGCCCUCUCUCCUCGCACCCUCUCUCCUCGCCUCCUUCUCAAAACCCAUUGGAUGAGAAAGCCAGAUGUCCCUCCCCUCUGACUUUCUCUUCAAUGGGUUUUGAGAAGGAGGCGAGGAGAGAGGGUGCGAGGAGAGAGGGCGCGAGGAGAGAGGGCGUGAGGAGAGAGGAGAGAGAACACGAGGAGAGAGGAGUGAGGACGCAAGGAGUAUGCAAUUGAGAUUCUCACAGUCAGCACUUCGCUACCUUUACAGAAUGGAUGAGCUUUCUGCAUCUGAUAGAACUGGAAACGUUGUGCUUUAGUGUAUCAUAACGACAGAGUUUUCCUUUUCUGCUUACUGCAAACGGCCUCAGUGAUCAUACACAGUUCCUGGGUCAGUUUUAGACAGCCUCUGACUCAAACGGCCUCAGUGAUCAUACACAGCUCCUGGGUCAGUUUUAGACAGCCUCUGACUCAAACGGCCUCAGUGAUCAUACACAGCUCCUGGGUCAGUUUUAGACAGCCUCUGACUCAAACGGCUUCAGUGAUCAUACACAGCUCCUGGGUCAGUUGUAGACAGCCUCUGACUCAAACGGCCUCAGUGAUCAUACACAGCUCCUGGAUCAGUUUUAGACAGCCUCUGACUCAAACGGCCUCAGUGAUCAUACACAGCUCCUGGGUCAGUUGUAGACAGCCUCUGACUCAAACGGCCUCAGUGAUCAUACACAGCUCCUGGAUCAGUUGUAGACAGCCUCUGACUCAAACGGCCUCAGUGAUCAUACACAGCUCCUGGGUCAGUUGUAGACAGCCUCUGACUCAAACGGCCUCAGUGAUCAUACACAGCUCCUGGGUCAGUUUUAGACAGCCUCUGACUCAAACGGUCUCAGUGAUCAUACACAGCUCCUGGGUCAGUUUUAGACAGCCUCUGACUCAAACGGCCUCAGUGAUCAUACACAGCUCCUGGGUCAGUUUUAGACAGCCUCUGACUCAAACGGCCUCAGUGAUCAUACACAGCUCCUGGGUCAGUUUUAGACAGCCUCUGACUCAAAUGGCCUCAGUGAUCAUACACAGCUCCUGGAUCAGUUGUAGACAGCCUCUGACUGUCCCAGAGGUAUUUCCGAAAUAGCGGUUAGGCUACCUACAAUCGUUUCAAGUGCAAUGUUUGCACGUCCAACAAUUUUCCAGCUGCACGUCACAAAAAAAUGUCUCGUGAAAGCAACACCUGCUCACUGUUGUAUUUGUUCUGGUGAAAACCUGUGUUUCUAUUCCCCUCAUUCCUCUGACCUUUGACCUUUUAGAUGUUUGCAGACUCUUGCCCUCUCCCAGGCUCUGCAGUCAACCUGGUCUUGGCCCCACACAACAGUCAUGUUGACAGCCAGGUCAAAGGUUGUUCUCAUAAUGUACUGCCGCUUUCCACAGCCAGCCUGUAAGUCUCCGCUCUUGGACCUCUAGCCCCGCCCCGUACACGUCAAGACCUGGGUCAAAUACAUGUGUCAAAUACUUGAGAUGAUUUAACUUGACCAGUGUGCAGGCUGUGGGUUGAGUUGGCAGUUUAUGAGACUAUUCCAUUGGUUCCGUUGUAACAGGGCAAGCUAAGUCAAGUGCACCUCCAAAGUCUUUGGCAUAUAUAUGUCACCCAGUUCUGAUAUACUGUCAUUGACUGCAAUGCAAUGUAGAUUUUCCUAAAACAGAAUGUUAAUUUUCUACUUCUCUGUGGUCUCUUGUAGAAAGAUACAAGUUACGUAAAUACUUUACUGUAUAGUUGGCGCGCGCGUGUAUUAAAUACACAGUGUCUGUAUGUCUUUGUAAACCAAAUGUAAAUAUGAAGUCUAUAUAGUGUCUCUAUGUCUUUGUAAACCUAAUGUAAAUAUGAAUUCUAUAUAGUGUCUGUACGUCUACUCUGGUUGUGUUUCGCCCAGCCUUUUCGGUCAUUAUAAUAAUACUCAUGAUUUGACAUUAAAUAUAUAUAUUUUCUAUAA